UGUCCUGUCACCUUGUCCCACUUUGCGGGGCUGCGGAGAGGACGACGCCCCGAGAGCCCGGAGCACGGUCGCGAGAUGGACACGGUGGUCUUUGCGGAUGUGGCUGUGAACUUUACCCGGGAAGAGUGGGCUUUGCUGGAUGGUGCUCAGAGGAAGCUCUACAGAGAAGUGAUGCUAGAGACCUUCAGGAACCUGGCCUCAGUGGUUGUUACAGAUUGUUUCACUCAAGUUAAAACCCAAGCAUCAUGUCCUGGGCAGGAUACUUUGGAGAAUGAAAUAUCCAGUGAAGAGAAAAUACUAAGAUUCAUAAGAAGUGAUUCCUGGUCUGUUUUUGGAGAGAACUUUACAGUUUAUAACAUUGCAGAUGAGCACCAACCUCAAGAGAGGCAUCUCAGAAGUCAUUUUGUAGAGAGUCUCUGUGAAACUAAGGAAGGUAAUCAAGGUGGAGACACCCUGAACCAGAUCACAGAUCUUCCUGUGGAUGAGAGACAUACCACUGGAGUGAAACACUAUGAAUGCACUAAGUGUGGAAAAGUCUUCUUGGAUUGUUCUUUCCUUAUAAAUCAUCAGAGAUCUCCCACUGGACACGAACCUCAUCCAUGUGAGGAAUGUGGACAACCCUGCAGGUUGGUUUCAUGCCUGAGUUCUCAGGAGAGAACUGAUCUUGUGGAGAAACCCUAUAAAUGUCAGGAUUCUGGGAGAGCAUCUAAGAAAUAUGUGAAGAGUCUCAAUAAUAAAAACUCUAUUGAGUGUAAGAAAUGUGGAAAAGCUUUCACCUGCCACUCAUCCUUUCGGGGACAUGUGAGAGGUCAGUGUGGACAGAAAAUCCAUGUGUGCAAAGUAUGUGGAAAAGCCUUUAUGUAUUACUUUUACCUUACAGGACAUGUGAGAACUCACACUGGAGAGAGAUCCUUUGAGUGUAAGGCAUGUGGGAAAGCUUUCGGUAGUCUUAAAUACUUUAGAAGACAUGUGAGAACACACAGUGGAGUGAAACCCUAUGUAUGUAAGGAGUGUGGGAAAGUCUACAGGUAUCUCACAAAUCUGCAAGAACAUGCAAGAACGCACAGUGGGGAGAGACCCUAUGUAUGUCAGCACUGUGGGAAAACCUUUAGUCGUCACUCCUCCCUUCGAGGGCAUGUAAGAACACACAGUGGAGUGAAACCCUAUGAAUGUCAGCAAUGUGGUAAAGCUUUCAGGUUUCCUGCAAACCUGCAAGUACACGUGAGGACACACACUGGGGAGAGACCCUGUGAAUGUCAGCACUGUGGGAAAGCAUUUAGGUAUGCUGCAUCCCUGCGAGUACAUGUGAGGACACACACUGGGGAGAGACCCUAUGAAUGUCAGCAGUGUGGCAAAGCCUUCACUAGUCACUCUUACCUUCAAAAACAUGUGAGAACACACAGUGGGGAGAAAUCCUAUGAAUGUAAAGAGUGUGGGAAAGCUUUUAGGCAGCUUCAACAUUUUCAAGGUCACAUGAGAAUACACAGUGGAGUGAAACCCUAUGAAUGUAAAGAGUGUGGGAAAUCCUACAGUUUUCUCUCAUCCCUUCGAAUACAUGUGAGAAUGCACAGUGGGGAGAGACCCUUUGAGUGUCAGCAAUGUGGGAAAGCCUUUAGUCGUCUCUGCUCCCUUCAAGGACAUAUGAGAUCACACACUGGGGUGAAACCAUAUGAAUGUAAGGAGUGUGGGAAAACCUUCAGGUAUCCUGACAACCUGCGAGUACACACAAGGACACAUACUGGGGAAAAACCUGAUGAAUGUCAGCAAUGUGGGAAAGCCUUCAGGUAUCCCACAUCCCUGCGAAAACAUGUGAGAACGCACAGUGAAAAAAAUACCUGA